AUGUCCGGUCCGGACAGACGCUUCGCCGCCGCCGCCUCGAGCCAACGGGCGCCUGCCACGUGGCAACCGCCGGCGCCGCCGCCCGCGGCCCGCUCGGCCCGCGCGGGGCCCCCGUGGCCCGUCUCCUCGCCCGCCGCCGCCCGGCUUCCUCCACCGCGCCCGCGCCCGACCCCGCCACCCGGUCGCCGCCUCGCCGCCUUCGCCGGAGCGCCACCUCCUGCCGCCGCCGACCGCCGUCGCUUCCACCCGCGGGACCCCGACGCCGCCUCCUCGCCGUCCCGCCGGCUCCGCGCCGCCCGUGCCCGCAACUGCCGCCGCCCCGCGUCUCCUCCGCCUUCCCCGAGCUCUCUCCGGCCGGCGCCCUCCUCUUCCCCUCCGACUCCGGCCAGCUCCUGA